CCCAUUUCGCAAACUGACCAUUGAAGGCCAUAUCUAAUAGCUCCAUUUUAGAAACCCUAAUUCGGCCGCAGCUUCCCAUCUCGCCAUCCCUCUCUUCGCAGGUAAGUUUUUCUGGUCCAGGAUCUUCAGCAAUGGCACCUAAAGCCGACAGUAGCAAAAAGGCUGAUCCUAAGGCUCAAGCCUUGAAGACUGCCAAGGCAGUCAAAUCUGGGCCAACUUUCAAGAAGAAGGCUAAGAAGAUUAGAACAUCAGUCACAUUCCAUAGGCCAAAGACAUUGAAGAAGGAUAGAAAUCCCAAGUAUCCUAGGAUCAGUGUAACUCCAAGGAACAAGUUGGACCAGUAUCAAAUUCUGAAAUAUCCACUGACCACAGAGUCUGCAAUGAAGAAGAUUGAGGAUAACAACACCCUUGUCUUUAUUGUUGACAUUCGUGCCAACAAGAAAAAUAUUAAAUAUGCUGUCAAGAAGAUGUAUGAUAUUCAGACCAAGAAAGUGAACACUUUAAUCAGGCCUGAUGGAACGAAGAAGGCAUACGUGAGGUUAACUCCAGAUUAUGAUGCCCUAGAUGUGGCAAACAAGAUUGGUAUCAUCUAAACUGCAGAGCUUGGAGCGAGUAUUUUCAUUGCAAUUUGUUACAUGUUUAAAUUUUGGAGAGCAUUUUGUAGUAUGACCCUAAUUUAAUUUUAGCCUUCUUUUUUUAAAAAAAUGUGUUGGUAUUUGUUCGCUCAGAUAGACUGGGUUCAUAACACUUGGAAUGAUGGAAUAUGCGUUACGACCAUUUUCAUUAUAGUUUGCUUCAGACUCCAUUACAUCA